AUUGGGUCUGUGCCACAAGCCUUGCAAGGCACAGGGCUGAGAGCUGAAGGACCCGGCUCGUGUUUCACAGUAUCGGCUCAGGCGAUACGCCUCCCGAUGAGCACAGAAAGCGUUACGACCUGGAGCUCCCAAUGAGAACAGAGCAUGCGAGUGAUGAGCCUGAUGAGACCGACAUGCUCCUUCCCGUGGAAGGAUCAGACCUUCAAACACAUCCCCCCGACCAUUUAGGUAAGCUUGGAUCAGCGACCGAAAGGGAUUGUGCUUGUGCGCCCUCGAUAUCACCGCACAGACUCUCCGUUCGCGUUUCCUUAAAAUAGCAUUUCCCAUACUCAGUACCAUCGUUUUCCUUUCGACUCGUCCUUCUCGUUGGCUUCUCACAUUCCUUCAUUGCGCAUAUCUUACCUGUCUCUAUUCUGCCAUCUCACCUUCUUACAACGCAACACAAUGAAUCAACAACCACACACCCAAGGUCCAAUGGUGGCAGAAAAGCAGUCAGUUGCCGGAGCCCAGGCCUAUCCGAACGGCGUACCCUCAAAUGGAGCUCCUCACCCGCACUCUCAUGGCGCUGGAAAACGCGGAGAAUGGUCCUUCGGCCUGUUCGACUGUUGCUCUCCCUUCGGAACAUGCUGUCUGUCAUUUUGGUGUCCUUGUAUUCUCUACGGCAAGACGCACGCCCGGGAGCAUGGUGACCCAGAUUCAAGCGGCGUUAACUCAUCGUGCUGCGCUUGGUACAUGUUGUCGUGCUUUGCUGCUCAGGGUAUCCUCCAGUGCAUGACCCGAGGUUCGAUGCGUGAGAGGCAUGGUAUCGAAGGUGGUGGUUGCGGCGACUUCUGGACAUCGUGCUGCUGCACUUGCUGUACAUUGAUCCAGGAGGAGAAGGAAUCGAUUGUCCGGAACACUGGGAUUGAUCCCAAGACAGAACAGCCGUACGUAUCUCCAGGGCAGAUGAACUACCCUUGAGAGGUGUCUUGGGCGAAGAGACACGUUGUGAUGGUGAUGGUGAUUCUGAAGGAGGAGUUGGUUUCAACGCGUAUUUUCAUGGAUGGCAGCGCGACAAAGGGUCGAAAGGUGAUUUCUCUCAAACGUCGCUCGAUUUCCAGAUUUCGAAAUAUUUGCCUCUGACUUGAAUUGGAAAUGAUGCUGAACCCUUGAGCUAUCGCUAUGCAUCGUCUCAGCUGCGCUUGCUCUCCUCGAGUUCUUGCACUUUCACAUUUCAAAGUUUCGUGGCAGCUUAUGCCGCAACAAAUUUCGGAAUCUACUGUAGUAUGUCCCUCGUAUGCCCAGCCGCGAGUUUCUGAAAUCCUUAUUCAAAGACAUACAUUUGCUACGAGCUGAAGUCCCGG